AUGGAUAUCACUAAAGACUCAAUCAAGUGUGUGGCCGUAGGGUGGUUAGCAGGCCCUCUGAAGAAGCUGGAGAAGGUAGAGGAGUGCAAGAUCCAGUUGACAGUGGACAACCUCCCAUGUACCAUCUCCUAUGUUGACGCCACUGUCAUCGAUGAAUACAACUACAAGCUCUGGGAGGAGGUCAUCUACCCAGGAACCGACAUCCACUUGGUCUGUUGCAAUCCUCACUACCUCAUUACUCUUACUCAAAUAUCAUCGAAUGUCCACCAUAUCGGUGAGCACGGUGGAUCCAAGUUGACACCAAGAUUGAUGGUUGGAUUGACUGAAGACAGCCGAGACUACCAGCAGUUUGCGAGAUCCCAUACUGGUUAUUUUAUCGAUAGGCGUCCAAUCGAUAAGGAUGCACAGGACCUCAUCAGCAAGGAGUUACAGCACAUCCAAGCCAUCAAGUAUCUCCAAGCAGCCAACCUCUCGAGCAAGGCGAUUGAGUCCGUCCUUGAAGAGGCAGUCCGUCAAGUGAGAAUUAACCGCACAAAGACUUCAACAUGCACACUGCUCUGA